ACAGUUCAGCGCUCCACCAAAAAAAACUAAACUUUAGCUGCGCGACAGCGACGCGAAUCGGUCAUUAAUGGCGUGAAAACGUGAGCCGAGCGUUAGCCGUCGAGGUCGCGUUGACUUUUAAAAGCUGUCGCGGUGAGAGUCUGGAAGAAAAAGCGGCAUCCGUGAGCACCCAUGCGCGGCGAGUUGCGGGAUUAGUUUGCUCGCAGUCUGACAGCGGAGGCUGACUUCGGUGGGAUGGGCUGUGAGGUGUCCAAGAUGGCGGCGCCCUGUAGAGUGAAUCUACUCUAACAGAGGUGCCUGGAGACUGUAUUGGUGGGCGGGCCCCAGGAGUCCUCCAGGCAAGCCGGGACUGACACUGUGAGAGAGAAAAGCGGCCUCCACCUCCAGCACUGCCACCACCACCACCAUGGCCAAGGAGCAGCCCAACGUCGGGGAUCUCCUCCCGCUCUUGGAGACCUCUGAUCUCCAACAGCUCGAAGAGAUCCGAAGCCUUAUCAACGAGCAGCUCAGCACCGACCGGGGCUCCAUGCUGCUGAACGGGUUGGUGGAUUACUUCUUGGAAACCAACUCCGCCCAGGCCUUGCAUAUCCUCUCCUUAGUCAGAGAGCCACACGAUAAGCACCUUCUAGACAAGAUGAACGACUGCAUGGCCAAACCAGCCUGCCGGCUGCCCACCCUCAUGCUGCUCGGCCAUGUAGUCCGCAAGCAGCCGUCCUGGAUCCACAAGAUCGCCCGCUACCCUCUGCUGCUCUCUCUGCUGAAAUGCCUCAAGACGGAUACAGAUGUCGUAGUUCUUAUAACCGGAGUGCUGGUGCUUAUCACUCUGCUGCCCAUGAUCCCCCAAGCCGGGAAGCAACACCUGUGGGAGUAUUUUGAUAUCUUCGGCCGUCUGGCAUCGUGGAACCUGAAGAAUCCAGGCCACGUUUCCGAGGUUUACCUGAUCCAUCUGCACGCCAGCGUCUACUCCCUCUUCCACAGGCUCUAUGGGAUGUAUCCGUGUAACUUCGUGUCCUACCUUCGCUCCCACUACAGCAUGAAGGAGAACAUGGAAACCUUUGAGGAGGUGGUGAAGCCAAUGCUUGAACAUGUCCGGAUCCAUCCUGAGCUGGUGACGGGAACCAAGGACCAUGAGCUCGACCCGACGAGGUGGAAAAAGUAUGAAAUCCACGACAUCGUCAUUGAAUGUGCCAAAGUGUCCCUAGACCCAAAGGAGGCGUCCUGCGAGGAGGGUUACGCCACCAUGCCUGAGAACUUCUACCCCCAGUCCCACCUGCGGCCCCAAGACUCCACUUCAAGCCCGUACACAGACCUCCACAGCAGCUACGGAAGCUCUUCUUCGACCCCGUUCUCCACUCCGCGACAGCCUCUCCCCCCGCCCCUGUCCUUGCCUCCCCUUUCAGGGACACAGUCCUCCUCGACCUACCGCAGCCCGCAGACCUCCAGGCGGCAGAACUCAAACAGUGAGCUGAACUCCUCCUGCGGGGGGAAGGACCCUCUGUGGAGCCCCUCCUCUCUGUGCGGCAUGGCCACGCCCCCUUCGUCACGGGGCAUGUCGCCCAACCUGGAGCUCUCCCACAGUGCCUCACACCUUCCCAGCCGCUUCCACUGCACAUCAGGAGGGAAAGGAACGCCCGCCUCCAGCACUCCAGCCACCUCGUCCCCGCCUCCUUCUCUGUCAGAUGACUUCCCUGUAAUCUCCUUACCAGCCAACACGGUCCAGUCCAGUCCUCCGAGGAAGGAACGUCGACAAGGAGAAACCAGCAAGCCCGGGCUGGUGAGACAGGAACAAGUCAGAGAGACGGAGAAAAGCGGAGAAGGAGCCACAAACAGAGACGCAGGAGGUGCAGCGACUGUCUCCAUGACGCUGACGGAGCUGUCGGUUUUCCUGAAGAAGCAGGAGCUGGACCUCCAGCUGAGAACGGAGAAGGAAAGAGAAGAAGCUGCCAUCACAGAGGAGCUGAUGAAACUCACUGAAGAUAAGCAGGAGCCGCCACGGCUGAGGGGCUAUGACUCCCCGUUUUUUCACACCACUGAGACCCUGACAGGCUGCCAGACCCAAAACCGGACACCCUCCACCAACGCCCAGCCGGGAGGACCCGCCAGGGAAGCCCGUUACGCCGCGUCAACGCCGGACAGAGCUGAAAGCACGGCACACAGCGGCGGUAAUGACAGACUAGCAGGAGCAGGGGCAGAAAGCCGGAGCUCCACCCUGGAGCAGUCCUGGUCCUUUCAGUCCUGCUUCACCCCCAUCGAUCACCACCUGCACAGGAGCCUCUCUGCCCCGGACGACGAGGUACCAAAGUUCGACAUGUUCUUGCCGAGCCCGUGCAGCAAGACUCCGGCGGCGGUGCCCUACGAGGCGUUCUUCGCCCUGGCCCUGCCGAGGGCCGCCUCGCUGUUCGUGGGCCAGAAGACGUCCGAGGCGUUCCACAAGGCGGCGAUGGAGAGGCUGCUGCAGCAGGAGGAGGGUCUGGAGGACGGGGAGGAGGAAGGGGUGGCGUCAGCUUCGCCACUGGAGGUGCUGGAUCGCCUUGUUCAGCAGGGGAGCGACGCCCACGAUAAAGUUCUCAAGAGAUUACCUUUGCCAAGUAAGUCAGCUGACUGGACACACUUCGGAGGCUCGGCUCCUCUGGACGAGCUCCACACGCUCCGCAGCCAGCUGCUCCUGCUGCACAACCAGCUGCUGUACGAGCGCUACAAGAGGGAGCAGCACGCCGUGCGCAACCGACGCCUCCUCCGACGCAUCAUCAACGCCACGGCGCUGGAGGAGCAGAACAACGCAAUGAAGGAUCAGCUGAACCUGCAGAGCGUGGACAUCGCGUCCCUGAGGGACAGCCUGCAGGUGGAACAGCAGCGGUACCGGCAGCUGUGGGACGACCGCGAGACGGUGGUGACCCGGCUGCACAGUCAGAUCCGGCAGCUGCAGCAGAGCCGGGACGACUACUACACCAAGAACCAGGAGCUUCAGAGCAAGUUACAGGAGUGUCAGAAGAGGAUGGACGACCUGGAGGCGGAGCUUCAGAGGGCUAACAACAAAGUCUGCCACACGGGGCACCUUCUCAACCAGAUGACCAUCAAGCUGAGCAACAGCGAGGGCACCCAGCAGCAGAUGAGCUUCCUGAACAAGCAGCUGCUGCUCCUGGGGGAGGCGCAUAAGCUGUCCAUGCAGGAAUCCCAGCAUGCAGGGAUGAGUAACACAAAGGAGACCCAGAUGCUGCAGACGUCCCACAUGAAGGAAGUGGACACGCUGAGGCAGAGUCUGCUGGGUCAGGGGCAGAAGCUGGAGGCGGCGCAACAGAGAGUCGCCGAGCUGGAGACCCACCUCUCCAAGAAGGAGCACCUCAUCGCGGAGCAGAAGAAGUUUCUCGAGGAUGUGAAAUGCCAAGCGAAGGCGGAGCUGCAGGCCUCAGACAGCCGCUUUCAGGCUCAGAGGAGAAUCACUCAGCUGCUGCAGACAGAGCUCCUGCAGCUCUACAGCCGAGUGGAGAUGGAGGCUCCUGCCGGUCCCUCCGGCGCCACCAGCAGCAGUUCACCACCAGAGGGCAGAGCUGACACACGCACCGCUGCAGACUCCAGCGCCGCGGUGGCCGACGGACUUCCCGCCCGCCAGGAGCCGGACAUCAGACCGCCUCACGAUUCCCCUCGGGGGACCAACGGCAGCACUUUAUCGCCGGGCCAAGCCAAGGCAAGCAGCUCUUCCAAGCCGGCGGCCGCCUCCAUGAACGGCAGCCAGGACCUGACCCCGCCCCUGCUGAUGGAGCCGUCCCCGUCCUGCCCCCACGCCAACCCGGCCUCAGACGCGCCGCUCACCGUGGGCUCGUACCCCAGCGCCAAGAGCUUCCUGGGCAUGAAGGCGCGCGAGCUGUUCCGCAACAAGAGCGAGAGCCAGUGCGACGACGAGCAGCCGCCUCCGCCGCGCCUCGCCGGCCUCGCCCACAGCCUGAAAACGGAGCUGUGCGUGGAGCCGAGCUCAACCCCCGCCGCUGCCGUCACUGUGUGCGCCAAGGAUCCGCCGUCCGAGCCCCGGCUGAGACCCCCCGGCCAGGGUAGCCCCCGCAGGAAGGCGGGGACCGGGGCGGGUGGCGGUAAGGGCCCCGCAGGGAUGGGCCGCCCGCGGCAGCAGCAGCUAAAGAUCAUGGACUACAACGAAAUGCAUCACGAGCACAGUUAAAGACGCAGGACUGAGCCGGGGCGAAGGACACCACUGAGAGAGAGACUAAAGCCGAACCACGGAGAAAAGCUACAAAUCCGCUAAAAAGUCACACGUCCGCAACUUUUUGGCAUUCAGUGUUAUUUUUUAUUUUAUUUUUUUCCUCUGAGUGGACAACAGGAUUUCCCUGCUUCUCUUUCUUCCUGUCUUCUUUUUGAGAAUUAAUAAAAAAAAAAGAUAAAAUAAUCAUUCCUAUGAAAGACAUUAGAAUCAGUGAAACCAGGCAGAAUAUUUUAAGGAUGAAAUGUUGAACCUGGAAAAGACGCGUCGCAGAGAGCGCCGUUAUGCCCUGGGGAGUCCCGUCCGAAGGUUUUCCCAACGUUGUCAGACUUCCUCUCAAAAUGUAGCCGUGUUAACGAGCUGAUCUGAAACGUUCCCGUUCCCAGCUUUAAUUGCCAGGAAGGGAGAGGUUGCCAAAAAUAUCCCGAAUAUACAAAGUUGUAUCCCACUUUUCCCGCAUUCAGCUGCUUUGUUUUGUACUCCCGGGUACUUAACAUCUCUAUACUCCUCCACGCAAACAAUAAUGCCGAUUCCAAACGUCUGGUCCAACGGGUUUCCCGCCUCUCCCUCUUUUAGUUUUUCUUUAAUUCUCUCCCGACUGAUCCUGAAAGUUGCGUAAAGCCUGUUGUCCACUGGGAACUCCUGCUGUCAUUUCCUUCUGCCUCGCCGUCUGAAGCAUGUUCAACAAUCCUCUUUAAAUGCCAACCGUAGUAACAACAGGAAACCACGAACAGAAGGUACAAUCAGCACAAACACGCGACAACCGGGACUCUGAGCGGAGCUGCAGAAUCUGGGACAAAACGGCAGAGAAGAAAAUACGGAAGUUCAUAAAGCAGUGGCUUGUGUUUAACUGUGAACAAUAAAGAUCGUCUUCAAUGUUUUGCACUACAA